GAGAAAUUCACGAGUGAUGGUCUUUGUUAAGUGCGCCAAAAAACCUUCAAUGCACUAGAAAUCGAAAACCGCUUUCUUUCUUUCUGGAAUGGAGAUUGAGGCUUUGUAUAUGUUGAAUUGAUUAUCAACGGAGCUCAGUUUCAAUGAUGAAUUUGGAUGUGGAAACUGGAACAGCUGAAACUAAAGCUGAAAGGGUUUUGAAUGCCCAUGAAGAAGUUCCAGCUUUAGAACCAUGUAUUGGUAUGGAGUUUGAGUCUGAAGAGGCUGCCAAGGAGUUUUAUGAUGAAUAUUCAAGGCGUGUAGGAUUUGUAAUGCGUAUUGAUCAGUGCCGUCGAUCAGAGGUUGAUAAACGCAUUCUAUCUCGCCGACUUUCGUGCAAUAAGCAAGGUUUUUCUAUUAAAGCUAGAGAUGAAGUUGGUCAUGUUCGAAAACAACGAUCGAGGUCAAGAGAAGGUUGCAAAGCAAUGAUGUUGGUCAAGGUUAAUAAGUCUGGAAAAUGGGCAGUCACAAGGUUUGAGAAGGAUCAUACUCAUCCGCUUGUUGUUUCUGAUCGACCUUCUUGGAGUCCUUUUGAUUCAAAAGAUAGAAAGAUUGAGGAACUCACAAUGGAACUGGAGCAUCAAGAUCAACUAUGCGAAUCAUAUCGUGAGCUACUGCUUACAUUUUUGAAGAAUAUCGAGGAACAGACAGAAAUGCUAUCAACUAAAAUAAGACAUGUUGUUAACAACAUUAGAGAGGUUGAAACUGAAGGUCAAAAGCGUCCACAAAAAAGAUAACUUCUGCAUUUCUUUUUGUAUGAGAUUUUGGUCAACACUCCUUGAGAAACUCAGUUUAACGUGUUUGAAAGGUAACAAAACAAGUUUGAGAAUUGAGCUUGGCUGUUUUAAUCCUUUAAGCCAUUCUCAGAAAUGUAUUUGAUUAAAACGAUGUACAGCGACUGAAUAAUUAUCUUUUACAUAACUUAAUUUGGAACACAUCCCAUAAACAAGUUAAUAUAUAUUUGCAUUUGGCUUUA